AUGUCAUCAAAACCAAAAAAAAUUUUUUUAAAGAGAGAACCAAGUAAAAGUCAUGCAGCUAAAAAGUUUUUAAGAAAUAAAGAAGCAAAAGAAGUUGAAAUUGUAAAACAAGCAAUGUUUAUUAGAGGUCAACAAUCAUCAGAUAUUAUUCAAAAAUUACAAAAAGAUUUAUUUAUGUUAAAGAAACCAGAAGCAAUUCAAUAUAAUAAAAAGAAUGCAUUCCGUCCAAUGGAAUCAGCAGAAAGUAUUGAAUUUUUAGGAGAAAAAUCAAAUUCAAGUUUAUUUACAUUUGGAUCACAUUCAAAAAAGAGAGAACAUAAUUUAAUAAUGGGUAGAUUAUUUGAUAAUGCAGUAUUUGAUAUGAUAGAGAUGGGUAUUAGUAACUUUAAAUCAAUUAAAGAGUUUGGUGCUGACGGUUCAGCAGUUGGUAAUAAACCAAUGUUCAUUUUCCAGGGUAAUGAAUUUGAAAAUAAUGAAACCGUUAAAAAAGUUGGUAAUUUAUUUUUAGAUAUGUUUAGAGGUCGUUUAGUUGAGUAUAUCAAUUUGGUUGGUUUAGAUCAUGUUGUAAUUAUGACUGCUGUCGAUGAUAAAAUUCUAUUCCGUCAUUAUACAACCAUUUUCAGUCCAAGUGGUUCAAAAAUUCCAAAAGUUGACCUUAAAGAAGUUGGUCCAUCUUUUGAUAUCACUAUUCGUAGAACUAAAUUAGCUUCUGCUGAUCUUGAAAAAGAAGCUUACAAAGUACAUAAAUCCGUCGUUCCAAAAGCUAAAAAGAAUGUUGAAACUGAUGCUCUCGGUCAAACAUUUGGUACCGUUUAUAAGAAUCAUCAAGAUUUCAAUAAGAUUGCUUUCAGAAAGAAUAGAGCUUUAAGAGGUAAAAAUCCAGUCCCAACUUUAAAUCAAGCUGCUACUUCUGUUGAUGUUUAA